AUGCGCCGAUCCACAUUACGGGCCAUCGAGUCCGCAAAGCCCAUCACACGCGUUCCACGCAGCGUGACCAGAAGCUUUACCAGUCUCCAUGAUUCGGCAAAGGACCCGGCCGAGCUUGAUCAGAUCACUACCCUCUCCAACGGUAUUCGAGUCGCAACAGAAUCAUUACCCGGACCCUUUGCCGGCGUUGGAGUCUACGUUGACGCCGGAUCCCGUUAUGAAGACCCUAGUCUUCGUGGUGUCAGCCACAUUAUGGACAGACUUGCCUUCAAGUCGACCAAGGCGCGUUCGGCGGAUGAAAUGCUCGAGGUCAUCGAAUCCCUCGGAGGUAACAUUCAAUGUGCCUCAUCUCGCGAGUCAUUGAUGUACCAGUCUGCCAGUUUCAACUCCGCUGUCCCCACAACACUCGGUCUGUUGGCGGAAACAAUUCGUGACCCCCUAAUCACCGAGGAGGAGGUGCUGCAGCAACUCGCGACCGCAGAGUACGAGAUUGGUGAGAUUUGGGCCAAGCCGGAGCUGAUCCUCCCGGAGUUGGUUCACAUGACUGCCUAUAAAGACAACACCCUCGGAAACCCUCUACUGUGCCCCAGUGAGAGACUGGGCGAGAUCAAUAAGGCGGUCGUUGAGCGUUACCGGGAGGUCUUCUUUAAUCCGGACCGCUUGGUCGUCGCUUUCGCGGGUGUCGCUCACGCAGAUGCUGUCAAACUUGCGGAGCAGUAUUUCGGCGACAUGAAGUCGCGGAACCCGAGCGACGGUCCCGUCCUGUCAGGUCAAGGGAUUGACACUACACUUUCAGAUUCUACCCCCGUAGCAAGGGAAGGACAAGUGCCUACCGUGCCGCAAUUCACGCCUUCGUCAACCGUGAGCAGCCCGGCCGCCUCGCCGCAGACGCAGUCCUCCCUCCUCUCGAAGCUCCCCUUCCUCAAGAACCUCUCCUCCGCAAACAAGAAGUCCCCCGUCGCGCCUCUUGACCCAUCCCUGAUCGAGCCAUCGGCCUUGGAUCUCCGUCGUCCUGCUCAUUAUACAGGUGGAUUCACCGCGCUUCCACCAAUCCCGCCUCCAGCGAACCCAAUGCUCCCCCGCCUGAGCCACAUCCACCUCGCUUUCGAGGCUCUUCCCAUCUCUUCUCCGGAUAUCUACGCUCUUGCUACACUCCAAACGCUCUUGGGUGGUGGCGGAUCUUUCUCCGCUGGAGGUCCAGGCAAGGGCAUGUAUUCCCGUCUCUACACCAACGUCCUGAACCAACACGGCUGGGUUGAGAGCUGUGUUGCAUUCAAUCACAGCUACACCGAUAGCGGCAUUUUCGGUAUUUCUGCCUCGUGCAGCCCAACCCGUACAGCGGACAUGCUCGAGGUCAUGUGUCGCGAGCUGCAGUCCUUGACCCUGGACUCUGGAUACACUUCGCUUCAGAUUCAAGAAGUCAACCGCGCCAAAAAUCAGUUGCGAUCCUCGCUUCUGAUGAAUCUCGAAUCCCGCAUGGUCGAGCUUGAGGAUUUGGGCCGUCAGGUCCAAGUGCACGGCCGCAAGGUCGGUGUACGAGAGAUGUGCGACCAAAUCGACGCCUUGACAGUUGAGGACCUGCGCCGAGUGGCUCGUCAAGUCUUCGGCGGCCACGUGCAGAACAAGGGCCAGGGCACUGGUAAGCCCACAGUUGUCCUGCAGGAGGGUGAAUUGGAAGGCUACAAGCUUCGAUCUUUCCCCUGGGAAGAGAUUCAAGACCGCAUUUCGCGAUGGAAACUCGGCCGUCGUUAA